AUGGCGAGCGCGGCGGCGCCACAGGAUGCCGCCUCACCCGCGGCAGCCGCUGCUAGUGCCGCCGCCGACGAGUCGCUGCCCGAGCUGCCGCUGUUCAGCUGCAAGGAGGCGUACGUGUACCGCGUACCGCCCGCCACCAACCACCAGGCAGAGACAUGGGAUGUCAACAACUGGCUCGCCACCGUCAGCUUGAAGGUGGUGCAGGCGGAUGACGACGCGUACGUGCGGCUGCUGGCAGACAAGACAGGCGAGCUGUUUGCCGAGUGCCCCGUGCCCGUGGACAAGCCCCUGGUGACGGCCGUGGAGCCGGUCAUCGACUCCAGCCGCUACUUUGUGCUGCGCAUCGUGGACAGGGACUCGCAGCGCCACGCCUUCAUCGGCAUCGGCUUCCGCGAGCGCAGCGAAGCCAGUGACUUCAACGCCACGCUGCACGAGUUCCUCCAGUACAUCAAGCGCAAGCGUACCGCCGAGGCGAUGAGGCACGCGUACGAGGAGCGCAUGCAGUCGGCGACGGAGGAGGCGGCCAGCCUGGGGCAGGCGGCCGCUGCGGCCAUGGCGGCGCCUGCGGCAGACUAUAGCAUCAAGGAGGGGCAGACCCUGCACCUCAAGAUAUCCGCCCCCGAGCCCGUGUCCCGCGGCUUUGUGAGCCGUGCGGCGGCGCGGGGCCAGCUGGGCAAGACCUUCAGCCUGCUGAUGGACGGGCACGGCGGCGCCGUGGCCGCGCUGUCGCCGCCGCCCCGCGCCGGCAGCAGCCCGCGCCUGGAGAUGUGUGUGAGCCCCGGCCUGGACGCCGGCGGCGGCAGCCCCAUGCACACUGAGGGCAGCGGCGGGGCGGUGAGCGUGGGCGGCGGCAGCGGCGGCGGCACGCCCGGCCGCCUGGGGCGCGUGUCGGGCAUGGGCGACGCCGAGCUGCAGCACCGGCUGCAGGGGCUGCACCUGCAGCAGCAGGCGGGCGGCGAGGCGUGCAGCAGCGCGGCCAGCGCGGCCAGCGCGGCCAGCAGCUCCACGGCGGCGCUGCCGGCGCUGGAGGAUGACGACUUUGGGGACUUUGAGGAGGCGCCCGAGCCGGGGCCGCAGCGGCAGCCAGAUGAUGGGCGGGGGUGA